AGUACCUGCAUUGCAGACGUCUUGUGACGACCAGCUUAUUAACUCUGUAUUAACAGCGGAGUUCACGUCAGUAGUUGUUUACAAUGGAUGACUUUUACGACCAACUUUUUCUGAAUAUUCACCAAGAGAUGAUCAACGGUUCGUUCACUGACAUGCAGGUGCUUUGCACGGAUGGGACAAUAACCGGAAGUCGCCUCGUUCUUGCGUCGCUUUCGCCUUAUUUCCGGGCCAUGCUUAUAUCAGAUACGACAGAGAGUAGGACGGGCGUCCUGGAACUUCCCUCUGUGUCUCUGCCAGUGUUUCAGGACAUUCUCAAGAUGAUAUUUUGCAGAGUGAACCUUGUGGAUGAAGACAACUGCAUGCAGGUUAUGGAUGCUGCCGAUAUGAUGCAGCUUGAUCACAUUAAACAGCUCUGUAAGAUCUACCUGAACCAAAGUCUCGUACUAACUCCUGAGAAUUGCCUACAUUGGUGGAGAACCCUGAAAAACUACAAUUUCCUUGAUUUGUCAAAACGGGCGCUUUCCUGUUUUACUGAUAACUUGGCUGAUCUUCUUAAAACGGAAAAUGUUAUUCAGCUGUCAAGGACAGAACUUCUGGAAAUUAUUUCAAGCGAUGACUUGACCUGUAAAGAAGAUGACAUUCUGAAAGCCGCCAUGCAGUGGAUUGAACAUAAUAACCCGGAUGUGGAUGAUUGUCAGUAUAUUUUUGAAAAUGUGCGACUGGAUAUUAUUAAUCGACAGUUUCUUGUGAAUGAGGUUGUUUGUGCAAAGUUCGUCCUUGAAAAUAAUGCUGUGAUGAACAUGAUACAACAAGUUAUACGUUCACCCCAGCCACAAAUUAGAAGCACAACGAGGUUUGUUGCCAACCGACCUGAUGUGUUCGUACUUCACCACAACGGCAAGUUACUGCUAUCUUGUUUCACGUCAGAAGAGAAGUGGGAAGACGUCCUGCCAGCUCCAGUAGACCCUGGAUCGGAUUAUUCAGCAGCGAGUUUGGAAGGCAAGAUCUACAUUACUGGUGGCCUUUAUCAUGAUAAAUGUACACUUGUGUAUGACACCAUUAGAAAAGUGUGGAACAGAGGCCCAGAUCUCAACCAUGGACACUGGUAUCACUGUACAGCCACAGCUAGUUCUAAAGUGUAUGUAAUAAGCGGUUGGGAUACCAGUGCAAUAGAAGAGAAGAGCGAGAGUGAGGAGCAGUGGCAGGUGGUUGGUGAUUUGAGAUUGGUCAGAGUGGAUGCUUUUCCUCUUAUAGUUGGUGAGAACAUCUUCGUUAUGGGAGGACAGAUACACUGGCGAAAAUCAGAUCUCAUUCAGUGUUUUAACACUAGAACCUGCGCUGUCACCAAACUGGAUACAAAGUUGCUCUGCAGCUCCUCUACACUAAGAGGAUCUGUUCACCUACCAGAUGUAUAUCUGUUGGACAAUGGUGGCAACAUGAUGCACAUCCAAGUCACUGACAGAAACGGAGAAAUCCAGAUUGAGAGUAAACUCCUAGCAGAAUGGAAAUGUGGUGAUUUCUUUGGUAUCGUUCGCCGAAACAGAAACCUGCUGAGGUUUACAACAAGUGGAAUCAGGAAAUUCAACCUGGCUGAAGGCAAAGAAGACGAGGGUACAUUCAUAGAACCACAUAGAAGUGAUUUUGUGUACAACGUCCUGACAAUGUGACACGGGAUAUACUACAAGGCUACGCCAUUAAUCACAGUGUUACUGGCAGUCCUGAUGUCCAAGACAAGAACGACAUAUAUGGAUAUGUCUAGUUAUUACAUUAUGAUAAAUCAGUUUGUGUUCAUGCACAUAUGAAACACGGUAAUGAUUGUUCAUUAAACGCUGUUAUUAUUUCUUCUUUUUUUUAUUCACAGACAAGAAUACAAUUUAUUUGAAUGUAUAAUAAUUUUCCAUUAUCUUCCUUGAGACAAAGCUUGUACUAAUAAAAUCACCAAAAUUACCAAUUCACUUUUCUUGCAAGAUCGUUUACUACAUGGAAACUCAAACAUAACGACUGGUUACCGUCGGU